AACCCAUGGAGACGGCACCUAUGAGGUCGGCCUAGGCGACACCCAAGGGGCUGCUCUGGGCGGCACUGGUGAUGAAGUGGGCAACGCCCUAAGAGGCAGCCAUGGUAUGGGCGGUGCCGAGAGUGUAACAGGCAGUGGAGCCAUGGAGCGUGGUGCCUUUGUUAAGGAAGGGAGAGGCAACGGUAGACCACAAGGCAUGGGAGAGCCCAUAGGCGACGCCAUGGAUGCUACGGGCGGCGCCCAAAUAGACAGCCAAGGUGUAGGGGAUGCCUUGUCUUUCUUAGGCAGUGGGCCUACUAGGUCAAGUGGAGGCUUCGACUGUUUGGGCACCAGCUAUGCUGGAGAGAUUGGGCGAGAUGAAGGGGUAGGAGAAACAAGGGGUCCAGUCCCCAUGGACGGCGCUAGAGGCUUUGGCGACUCCCUCUCAAGCAUAGUUUAA